AUGGGCAAUGAACUAUCCGCCGAAUCCCCUCGCGGGCAUCGGAAACUAUCCAAGCCACCUCACUGCAGCCAGGCAUCUGCAGCUGGUCUGCCAUACACUGCUACUGCUGUGACACCCCAUCGUGAGCACUUCUCCAACUCGUAUCUGGUCGGAUCGCUGCCGCCUGCUCCCAAUAAGGCUUCUACAACGAGAAGAGUGGCGCCUGGGCUCGGUAUAGCCGUCCCAGCUGGUGACGCUUCCAGUCCUGUACAAUCACCUACAUGUAGAGACCCCAUGCGCGAUUCGAAAUCGCGUACGCGGUCUAUCCAGUCAGAGCAGUCUCCUAUACUGCCAGCUUUCGUCAACAGCUCCAGGACCAGCUCUAUUGCUCAGGACAGCAGCUACCGCACACUGGCGCGCGCUGAUAGCAUGCCUGUUGCAGUACGGCGUGGCUCUGCAAGCUACGAUACGAGAGCUGCUGAGGCCAAGAAGCUUCUCAAUGCAAAGGAGAAGCUCCCAAGCGAGCCCAUCAACUCCAAGUCCAAUAAGCAUUCUAAUGAGACUAGUCAGGAUGUGACGGAUGAUACCAACAACGCCACCCAAUCUGCAGGUUCGUCCAUUAGCAGAACAAAUUCAGACGUCUCUUUUUACAUGCCAAUGCGCCGCCGCUCAGUCGCUCAAACUCCCGGCAUAGCAACCAGAGCUCAUCAUUCCAACCCCCCAGUCUCGGCCAAGUCAAGUUUCCGCAAGAGUCUUCCAGCUACGCCUUCUCAGUCCAGGCACAAUUCGAUAGAAUCUGGCAUGGCAAGACGCAUGUCAAUGCCGACAACAAUCCCUUCCCAGGCGCAAUCCACGGUCCGAGCCGUAACGCCGGUCGAAGCUGACUAUAAACAGCUAGGUGGUAUGAAGUUUGGAUCCCUACGCAUCACAAACGGGGCCCCUGGAACUUCUCCAAUGCCUGAGGAUGACGUCAAACAGCAAGGGGCUUCUGAAUCGGCACUAGCAAUCCCUCGUGCGGAAUACUUUCAUGAGCAAGCCAAUAACCCACUCAGACUGAUGAAUCAGGGCUCGACCAUGACAGAGACCAAUGAGUUAAUGACGGGUGAGAAGACACCUACUUCUCGAGUCGCGAGCUGUGUUACCGAGUGCUCGAGCGAUGCGGAAAAAUCUAGAACAGGCGAUUGCGGAAUGUCUGGGAACGGGAAUGCUGUCUCAUUUCCGGUUGCUGAGGUUCUGGACGUAAGGGAAGACCCAAAUGCAAAGCCCGACCCCAAGAAAAUGCAACUUGGACUCGAAAACAAAAUGCUUAAAGGGUUGUCAAGAUCUGAUAGUGGCUUCAUUCCAAGUCCUUCAUCGGAGAAAACCCAACGCUCUGCGUCUCGAGUCGACAGUGGUUACAGUUCCAAUGUCUCUCUCCGAUCAUUGCCCAGCCUAAGAUCCGGUGUCACGGACAAGAACACCAUGGCCUCCGAAAAGCUUGAUGUGGACAUGUCCGGGAUGUGUUCGCCUUCGGAUUCGAAUUCGACCCGAACUUCUUCUUUAGUACCUUCUCAGACACGUAACCGACUGCCUAUCCACCUCGAGGUCCCGUUGUCAUCGACAGAUGAUGAUACCUCUUCGACUUGUCCAGCGAGUCCCUCGAGCCCUGCUAGUCGUCCGUUCUCGCCAUUUAGUCGUGGUAGCCGCAUGCGCCUCUCUUCGUUGAAAUCAAACAAGAGUUUCGAACCAAGGGUGUCGAACACUACGACAGCGCCGAUCGUCUUUUCCACAGGAGACUUUCAGGAACAGCGACCUCCGCCAGCCGCAGACGUCAGUCGUGGUAGCAGUAAGAUAUACAGGUUCCUGAAUGGCUCUCGCAAGAAGGGAUCCCUAAAGAAAAAAGUGACUACAAUCGAACAGGAUGUCACUGCCGAUCCUUUAGGACUAAAGACAGGCUCCAUACCUAAACCCAACCGACCUGCGCUUCGAAAGGAGCCGAGCAAGGACACUCUGCAUACUAUCAUGAGUGUUGGGAGCCAGGAUGCGAUCGGUGGUACAAGACGCGGGGAGGACGUAGCGCGAGGGGUCAAAAAGACCGUUGGCAAGAAGAUAUCUCGACGUCAAUCGUGGCGCCAAUCCAUUGCUCAUUUAUUUGGUUCACGAAGCGCAGACGCCAGCCCUGCCUUGAGUCCCAUACCUGAGCCUGAGCCCACACCAAGGCGCCCAUCAACUGCUAUGGAGCUUACUUCUCGUUCUUUCAAUGCGGCUCCCGGCCCUCGAGCUGUGAGCUCAUGGUCAUCUCGCCCAGCACCAAGAAAGGCUUCCAGUAGCUCUGAUAGCUUAGCUCCAGAGACCCGGAAGAUGGUUAAUCAGUCAAGCAUACAGGAGAGCCGCGACAAGCCAGAGCUAGCCCAUCUUCGCACGAAUGUUUCCGCACUUAACUUGUCAGCGAAACGUCGAUCAUCCCUGAGUUCAUCUGCGCUUGAGAUGGAUCAGACGCUGCGAACAAAGACCUCACCGCCUGUGAGUAUGCAGAAUCGAGGCAGUAAGCCUCCCAAAGCAAAGUCACAGGCACAAAACCGAGCCAUGACACCUUCUUUUCCCAUUCACUCCCGUCCGAGCGCUAGUCGUCGACUCUCGUUACCCCAAGAUUAUGGUCGAAUUACACCACACAGCCGUCAGAUCUCGCAUGGCCGUACCGAGUCACGCAGCUCCAGUCGAGGCAUGGCCAUGAGUCCUACCGCGGGGUUAAGCUCCCAGCAAGUCAAUGCUGUUCAACACUCGAGAGUUUUGUCAUACUCCAGUAAUGGCACGCAACAGAGUGGUCCUGCUGCCCAACAAGUCAAGCAUCACCGGCGAGUAUCAGCACCUGCGCAGCCGUACCAAAUCGCCAACAUGCCGCGUUCUCGGAGCAGCACUACACUUAUACAGAUACAGCAGCAACAGAUGCUACAGCAACACCAACAACGACGGCCUCGAACAUCUGUCCAAUCAUGGGCUCCAAUGGAUAUGCACAGCCUCAAUCAGCAACUGCAGCAGAACUACAUGAUGCAGAAUCAAGCGCUUGUCUAUGGUGCACCGAACAUGGUUCAACAAUACCCAAACAUCUACGUUACAAGCCCAGUCCCAAAUCAUCAUGUGCACGGUAGGCAGGGUUCCCAGGGAGGGAUAUACGUCCAAGAUCCCCCUUUUCGGGUCCUUCACAGCUAUAACUCCCCAGCAUAUCGAAACGUUCCUAUAUGGAGCCAGUAG